ACGUUGAGGCCUGGGGGAUAUAUAAUGUCAGAAUGUCAGAGACUUGAUCCGGAUCAACGUCUCAGACAUGACGGGACUCCCAGCGGAGUUUAAACCUAUUGACCAUGCCAUCAAUAAGUGCUUAUGCAUAUGACGCACCAACGCACCCGCUGCACCUGCGGCGGCGGCGCGGCGCCCAACAUCCAACAUCCCGCCAUUAUUGGAAUGCUGUGUUCAUGCUCCACCUCAACUCUGUCCAUUAUCAGCCCAUCCACCUUGCCCGCGCAGCACCCUUCCAGAUGUUCCCUUUCUUGUCAGCUUCUCUCUGCAGCCAUAUGCAUCAGCAAUUGGCAUCGUUCUUGAUUAUGCAGGAUGUGGUACUGCAUUCCUCUGUCGAUUUAUGCAUCAAAUAUACUAUAACUACUGUAUAAGUGUGAUUUUGAGACAUCGUGUGCUUUUAAAAGCUUUACAACGUCCAUGGGAGUAAGUCCUUGUUUCAUACUCCGCUUGGAGGUGCCGAUUGGCUUGCUGUGUUCCAGACUGAACUCUGGCCCAAACCAGCCAUUUCAGAGAUGUCCUCCAGAUUCUCAGGCCCGCCUGAUAGGUGGGACUGGGAUAAG